AUGGUUUCCACAACAUCAAAUGUGGUUCACAUUAACUUGGGGGCUGGUUAUUUAAAACGAGCCGAUACAGACAAACUUCACGAGAUAUUCCUGAAGUAUGCGACUAUAGAGAAGAAUGGCGAGAAAUAUAUUACCAGCGAGGAUUUCGUCAGGAAAUUCCUGGGACUAUUCGAUGAAGAUGACUACAACAAGGAAUCGGUGCAGCUUAUCGCUGGAAUCGUCGACAUGGACAAGGAUGGGUUCAUCUCGUUCGCAGAAUUCCAGGCCUUCGAAGGGCUGCUCUGCGUUCCAGAUGCGUUAUACAAGACCGCCUUCCAGCUGUUCGAUACUAACGGCAAUGGACUCGUAGCUUUUGACGAAUUCGCCGAAGUCAUGCGAAAGACGGCACUACACAAAAAACUACCGUUCAACAUGGAAAGCACGUUCGUACGCCUUUAUUUCGGAAAGGACAAGAAGCGUCUAGUAACUUAUCCGGAGUUCAGUCAAUUCUUGCACGAUUUCCACGAGGAGUAUGGUGUAGAGGCGUUUAAGAAAUGCGACAAGGACGGUAGUGGGUUCAUAACCGUUAGUGACUUCAGAGAUAUAAUGGUCAGCGUCAAAAACCACCUUCUCACCAAGGAUAUGAAGAACAAAGUCAUCAUGGCAUCUGGUUUUCCUCAAGGGGAGCGUAAAAUCAGUUUCCCAUACUACAUGGCGUUUAAUUCCUUACUGAAUAACAUGGAAUUGAUCAAACGUGUGUAUCUGAAUGCUACUAAUGGACAUAGGACACAAGAGGUCACUAAGGAAGAGUUCUUGCAUUCAGCGCAAAUGAUGAGCCAAAUAACGCCCUUGGAAGUAGACAUAUUGUUCACGCUCUGCGACAUGAUACAUCAUACUAACGGUCGUAUCGUAUACAACGAUCUGAACGCUAUAACACCGGAGCAGUACUUCAAGCAAGUCACACGAAGAAUCGCUGAAAUAAAAGCCGUCUCGGAUGAGGUAAAUAUAAGUGAGCCAUUUCGAUUUGUAAACUUUUUGGAAAAACUUUUGAGUCCUGAAGAGAGAAGUAUUUUAAUACAAAUCCUUGAAAGCACCUACAGGUUCACCCUUGGUUCUAUUGCUGGUGCUGUUGGAGCAUCAGCAGUUUAUCCCAUAGAUUUGGUGAAAACUCGUAUGCAGAACCAACGUACGGGUUCCUUUAUAGGGGAGGUCGCUUAUAGGAACUCAUGGGAUUGUUUCAAGAAGGUCAUCAGACAUGAAGGCAUUUUUGGACUCUACAGAGGUCUGGUCCCACAACUCAUUGGUGUUGCUCCUGAAAAAGCUAUCAAACUAACGAUGAACGAUUUGGUCCGCGACAAGUUUAUGGACAAAAAGGGUAAUAUAUCUAUAUAUGCAGAAAUUCUCGCUGGAGCCUGUGCGGGUGGUUCCCAAGUAGUGUUUACAAAUCCUUUAGAAAUUGUGAAGAUUCGUCUUCAAGUAGCUGGUGAGAUCGCUGGCGGUAGUAAAGUUAAGGCUUGGUCGGUUGUUAAAGACUUGGGGCUGUUUGGUCUCUACAAGGGAGCAAAGGCCUGCCUUCUAAGAGAUGUGCCGUUCAGUGCCAUAUACUUCCCGGCUUAUGCUCAUGUUAAGGCUAAAUUUGCUGACGAGAACGGCUACAAUCAUCCAUUGACAUUGUUAGCUGCGGGCGCCAUCGCUGGCGUGCCGGCCGCCUCGCUAGUUACACCCGCUGACGUCAUCAAAACUAGGCUUCAGGUGGUAGCUCGUUCAGGACAAACAACAUACAACGGUGUUAUAGACGCUACGAGGAAGAUUUACGCUGAGGAAGGGGCGCGGGCUUUCUGGAAGGGAGCUGUUGCCCGUGUGUUCCGCUCCUCUCCUCAAUUCGCGGUGACGUUAGUAACGUAUGAGAUCUUACAACGUCUCUUCUAUGUAGACUUCGGUGGAUCCCGCCCGGCGGGUUCAGAACAAACUAUAUCUACCAGCGUAGAAGAGGCACCUCGCAGGCCGCAACAUAUAGGAGGGUAUCAAGUAGCGGCUCCAGUAUUAACUGGCUUGGAAACUAAGUUCGGGAUAUCACUACCACGCUUCUCAUUCGCUAAGACUAACUAA